UUUUUUUUUUUUUGAAAAAAGUGAAGCUUUGAUUUGUAUAAAAGACCCACUGAUCACCUCUCUCGCUUCUCACACCAUUUUAUCUCCCUCUCUCUUUCUCUCUCUGAUGUUUUCUUAGUUGCUUUUAGGGGUUUUGAGAGUUGCAGGCUUGCAGCUAUUUCGUUUUCGUUUUCUCUCUGCCCUUCACAAACCAAAAAAGCAAGAAAUGUAUUCAUCUUGACGAUUUUCAAGUAGACAAAUUUGUUCUUUUGCGUGAACAAGUUGUCAACUUUUGAGACGAAUUUCCAGCCUUUUUUUUCUAGUGUUUGGUCAAAGAACGCAAUUUCUCUAAAACCUAAUGGAGGGUUGUUCAAGAAACGGUGAAAUCUCUCCAAAGCUGCUCCAUUUGAUUCCACAAGGAGGAAGAAAUUCGUUUCACGAUGACAAAACCUCUGUUUACAACACUGAAGAGAAGAAACUUGAGCUAAAGCUUGGACCACCUGGUGAAGAUGAAGACGAAGAUGGUACAUCGAUAAGAAGACACAUCAAGAAAGAACCAAAAGACAACUCUAUCCUCUCUCUCGCUGGCAACCACUUCUCUCCUUCUUUCACCACCAAGACAUCCGCAUCUCAGAAAAGAACUGCUCCUGGUCCAGUGGUGGGUUGGCCUCCGGUUCGAUCAUUCAGGAAGAAUUUAGCUAAUGGGAGCUCUUCAAAGCUUGGUAACGAGUCCAACUCCAAUGGUGUUCUCCUCAAGAACCAACAGAGUGAAGAUGAUACUGGCCGAGGAAAGCCAACGGAACCAAAGAGACAAGGAGGCAUGUUCGUGAAGAUUAACAUGGAUGGUGUUCCCAUUGGUCGUAAAGUCGAUCUCAAUGCGCAUAAUAGCUAUGAGAAGCUAUCUUUCACAGUCGACCAGCUCUUUAGAGGUCUUCUUUCAGCUCAAAGAGAAUCACUAUCCUCUGGAGAAGAAGAGAAACCAAUCACUGGAUUAUUGGAUGGAAAUGGGGAGUAUACUCUUACUUAUGAAGACAGUGAAGGAGACAAGAUGCUCGUCGGAGAUGUCCCAUGGCAUAUGUUUGUAUCUUCGGUGAAAAGGCUGCGUGUGAUCAAAAGCUCUGAGAUUUCUUCAGCAUUAACAUAUGGGAAUGGUAAGCAGGAGAAGAUGAGAAGCUGAAGAAAGAACUUUGACAGCUUAAAGAAGUAGAGAUGUUAUAAUUUUGCUUUUGCCUUUUUUACUCUGAUGAGUUCUGGUCUUGAAAAGUUUCUAAUUCAAGUCUGAUGUACAUGGUGCUUGGUUUGCUACAUCUUCUUUUGACUUUUGAGAUUUUCAUAGAUGAGUUUUGUUGGAUCUCAAGAUCAGACAAUUAAAAGGUUGAUUUUGGGUCUUGAGUAAAUUACAGACCCUUUUAGGCAUUAUAGUCUCUUCUGUUUAAAGCUUUAGGAUCAUGAUUACUCACACUUAAUGAACACCAA